GUUGAUGCUGACGAGUUGCUGGGUAUCUGUAGCGUGGGUCGCCAGAACACCCGGACGAUGCUGAUAUUCAUGCUGGUGCCGCAAUUCCUCUUCCUGCUAUUGGGCAUGGUUGCCUUUGUCGUCUGCGCAUUCUACCUGCAUCGACAGGGCAGGCUGGCGGCUCGCAAGAGUUGCGACGGUCUAGCGCACAGUACCACCAUGUCCAAUCUGGACGUGCCGCCGGCCCGUUGCCUGGCCUUCCAGUCGGACCAACAACAGGGUUACCUGGACCCCAGCUAUGAGGGCGUGAGCACAAGUGAAGCCUCCUCUGGCUGUUUCUCGGGACAGAUGUGUUGCUGCUGUCGGCGCAGCCUCGGAUGGGACGGUAUCAGUACCCGUCUGGGCUUCUUCACCCUCCUCUACAUCGUGCCCGCCAUCUCCAUCUUCGUCUGCGACUUCUAUGAGUUCCUAUUUCGAGAUUCAUGGUUGGCUGGCGACCCCUCGACUGCCGUCACCAGUUUGCUGCAGACGCAUACACAACUGCGGGGCAGAAUUACACCAGAGAUCUUCCUUCUGCGCACCUUCAUGUCCCUCGUGACGGGUUUGGCAACC